GAUAGCUCAUCCGAGGGCAUUCACCUUUCAUAUCACCAUUGCCCAUUCACGGUUGCUAGGUUAAGCCAGGUUUGCCUAGCUAUAGCUAUCCAAGGUCGCAACAACUAUACUUACGAAGAUAAUGCCUAUUAUAAACCCAGUUUCGUCGAAGUUAUAGAUAUCGUCAUCUAUAAUACUAUUGUAACGGGCUUGGCCCGUAAAGGCCUCGGCAAACUCUCGGCCAAGACUCGAGAUUCGGUGGACUUCUAUCUUGUUCGAUAUCGGCGCACAGGCCAAGGAUGUGGAGGUAUAAGACGGCAGGUAUCUUGCAUAGUGUUUCACUCUUUUUCUUUUUCUCUCUCCAUUCGAGACAAACUCGUAGACUCGUCACUAGCUAGUUGCAAUAUACUCUUGGGACCGUUACAACUAUACUUAAUGUUCUGUACGAGGGCAAACCACUCAGCCAUAACUUUUAGAUCCUCGCACUUGGCCUCCUGGUAG